AUUCAUCAGUCCUUGAAAAGCCUAUUAGCAGUGGCUACCAAGGAAGCUAUGUCCAACCAGCUGCAGUCCAUAAAGAAGCUGUAUGAUGGUGCCUUUGAAGGGAGGAAGAAAGCCGAGAGAGACUUGGAAGCUUUUAGCCCGGAUGUGGAAGCUGCCACUUCAGCUCGCAUCUCCCUACAGAAACAGCUGGAUAAUCUGGAGGCUGAAACUGCAUUCCUGCAGAGAGUGCACAGUGAGGAAAUCGAAGAUUUGAUGAAACAGAGCUACAGUACUUCCGAGUGUGUUGAUGUCUCCUGCUCAAUCGCAGACCUGGCUCCUGCUCUGAGGGACAUUCAGAUGGAGUCUGAAGAAAUUGCAGCCAAGAACCUGCAG